CUGAUAUUGCUCCGUGCACUGAGCCGAACACAUUUGUCAAAAAGUAGAAUAUGCGAUUAUUGCGAGUAUUGCUAUUUAUUUACUUGUUCUACUGUAUUUUGCUGUACUAUAUAUAAAAAGACAAUGUCAGACAACCUUACUUGGCAGGAGCAACUAAAACUUAAAUAUGAAAUACAGCUUAGUGAGGAUUAUUCUUGCUUACGCUACGUUGGAUAUCAAAGGUCAGGGAAAUGUGUUGUUCUAAAAAUUUCGAUAAAAGUUUUGUUAAAAUGGCGGGAAUUAAAAAUCAAAUUUCCAGACAUCUCCUACCAAGAGUUACUGGCUCUGAGUGCGUCCAAAUUACCGAUUAAAAUCAAACCUGGUGUGAGCAGAAUUGACGAAAGUAUAAGGGUUAUGGCAUGUCAAGCAUACACCAAAAGUAGAGGACUAAGAGGCCUGACCAGGAAAAACUUUCUUGAGAAGACAAAAUCAUUUCAUGUUUUUUUUGAUGAGUUACUGAAUGUCAGCAGUCUUCAGAAAGACUUUGAAAAGUUGGAAGAAGAAAACAACAAUCUUCGACAACAACUCCAGGAUGUCGACAGCAGAUGUGAUGAACUUUUGCAAGAUCUUUUAAAGGAGAAAGACAAGACAAAAACUGUUGAAAUGGAGAGAGAUCAUGCCUUACUGGAGAACCAAGAGCUAAAAGAAUACCUGGACUUUAUUGAAGAAACAACUGUGUGUAGUAGCUGUAGUUCAAAUCUGGAGAACACAGGGAAACCAGUUGGCAAAGUUGGGGAACGACAAAAGAGAAGAAAAGUAAAGGAGCUGAAGUCGAGAAGUGAGCAAGCACUUUGGUUCAUGGAAUCGUUUGGGUUUAAAUUGGACUCUAUCAAGAUUGAAGAUCUGGAUGGCAAAGUAACAGAAAUGAACUAUUGUGAGAAUGGUUGCAGUAGUAAGACUAAUUUUCAACAGUUACCAGAGAAUGAUAAGACAACUAUUAGAGCUCUACUAUAUAUUAUGGAUAAGUGUUGUGUGGGCGAUACAGCUUAUCAUGAAAUGUCAAUGCUGGUUGAUGGUCUCCCAAGGAGCUAUUUAAUUAAGCAGUGUAGAAACACACUAAAUUCAAUCAGUCAUAUCACUCGCACACCAGGAAAACACCCAGGGGCUCAGAUGAGUUUUAAAGAAGAACUAAGGGAACAAAUUAGAAAGAAGAUACAGCUUGGAGAUGUUGGAAAGCAAAAGAUCAGGAUUGCAGGUGAUGGUGCAAAAAUGUCCCGCAUAGCUAAUUUUAUUGUGCUGUCAUUUGCUCUCCUUUCUGAUGAAGAAAAAGUAAUGUCUUGGAAAGGCAACCAUAUUGUGGGAAUAGUUUCCGGAAGUGAGGAUUACGACGUACUAAAAGUUUCUUGCAGAGAAAUCUUUGCUGAAAUCAAUGAUCUGGUUGAGCAUGGUGAAAUUGAGGUGGAUGGCCAUCAAAUACCUCUGGAAUUUUAUCUGUCUGGUGAUUAUAAGUUUCUUCUUCUGGUUCUUGGAAUGAACAACGCAAUAUCUGAUUAUGCAUGCAUUUACUGCUUGGUCCACAAAAAUGAAAGGUGGGAUACAUCAAAAGUAGAGGAUUACUACCAUAAUAGUAAGAAUACAAGAACACUUAGUAGCAACAGAACCAUGGCCUGCAAGUCCUCAUCGAACUAUGGUUGCAUCAGAAAGCCAUUGCUCAGUAUCCCAAUUCAGAAUGUCAGAAUCGACGAACUUCAUUUGCUUCUCAGGAUAACUGAUAUUUUAGAACGUAACAUAAUAAACGAUGCAAUUGAGCGUGAUGUUGAAGAGAACCUUAAUAGAGCACCAUCAGACAGGGAAAAUAAACACCUACAAAAUGUUGUUGAAGCCAUCAAUAACUGUGGUGUAAGCUUUAGUGUAUGGAAAAAGAAGAACGCCGAUGGGACUGACAGUGGAAUGCAUGACUGGACAAGCAUGGUUGGCAAUGAGAAGAAAAAAGUUCUUGCAAAGCUGCCUGCACAGUUCCCAAACAUUCUCGAACCAAACCAUUGUGAUACAAUUACAGAAAUAUGGCAGGAAUUUCGUGAACUAUAUGGAAUACUAUCAUCAUGGAAGCCUUCUGAGGCAGAUAUAGAUGGAUUUUUUGGGAAGGCCAAGAACUGGGUAGAGCUAUUCCUGUCUCUUGGUGGAAAAGUGAUGGGCUAUGAAAAGGCUAGAAUAACACCAUAUAUACACAUAUUGCUUUAUCAUGUACCCAGAUUCAUCAAAGAUGAAAAAUCUUUGAAAUCAUUUACUGGGCAAGGAAUUGAAAAGAUUAAUGAUGUGGUUCGGGCAAUUUAUCAUAACAAAAGCAACCGGCAUGAUGCUUGCAAAGAGGCAAUACUGGCGCUUCGAAGAAUUGAUAAUCUUCAGAAUUUUGAACGAAUCCCACACCAAUACAAGAAACAAGACAAUACCUAUUGGUCAAAUGAAAUAUUUCAGCAGAGAAGAAAAAAACCGCGUCUUUGUGUAGAUCCAAGAGAAGACGAGAACGAUCAAGAUCAAUUAACCCCACAGGAUGUAGACAGCAUGAGUUUAUGUGAAGUGAAAGAAAAACUAAAAGAAAUGAAAAUAAAAACAAAACUACGAAAGCUUGACAAAUUGAAGGAACUUUUAAAAAGCACCAUUUUGGGUGCUGCAUGCACCUAAGUACAAGUACAAGUGUACAACUAUAUUUUAAAGUGUCUCGGCACUACAUGCUCGUCUUGAGAAAUGAAUUUUAGCUUUCUCAAUGGGCAUUCUCUUUGCUUGA